UUAAAAAAUUUUUGCGUUUUAAGACUUUUGAAAUUAAUUCAAGUGCCAUUUAGUAAGCUGGUUAAUUAUAUUACAAAACUUAAUCUUACUAUAAUUAUUUUAAAGAAAUGCAGAUGCAUUUUGGAAUUAUAUUAUAAUAGUGAUCAAAGACAUCAUUUGUAUUCGUAGAAUUGCAAGCGAUAUUAUAAUUAUAAGCAAUUCUUAUAAGAAAAAAUCAGGUCACUAAUGAUGAUUGAAUCACAAGUUGUUCACACACAUGCAUAUAUACGAUACAUACUUGCAACAUAAUUAAGGAGUUAAAUUUCAUAACGAUGUGAUGAUAAGAUAUAUAUACAAUCGUUGGAUCACCAUACAACACAGUGCGCUUUUGAUCAUGAUCGAGUUCAGUUCGUUUUUGGAAACGUCAGUGCAAAGCUGAGUGUGAUAACAUCAGUAUAAAAAAGUGAUCAACAUGUAUGGCAAGAUUACUUUGUGCCUUCUGAGCUUACUUGCAAUUGCCCGUUCAAAAGAAGUGUCUACUGCUAAAAAUGUGGAAACUGCAAAUUUCAUGAAUUCAAGAUUAACAACAAUUUUACCCUAUUCAUCAUUAUAUAAUGAUGAACAUCUCAUAAAAGAUAAUAAGAAGAGAUCAUUCGUUUUAUUAAUGCCAGUAUCAGAAACACGAAAUAAACAUAAAAAGUCAAAGGAAACAGUUAAAAAAACAAAGCGUUGCGAUGAACAGCAUAAAAAAAAUAAAUUUUUGUUGUCAACAAAGGAAGAUAGUAACAGAGUAAGAACCACGGAUAAAAAUAUCAAUGUGGGAAUCUCCAAGCAAAAUUCAAAUGACCAUACUAAAAAAAAUAAAAAAUACUCGCGGAAAAACUCAGCAACGUCGAAAAGAAUGGCAACUGAAACAUAUGAGGAUAAAAUGCUUUUGCGAGCUUUCAAGAAUAAUCUAAAUGAGGAGGAUAUGAAUAUAAAUUUAAAGUCUAAAGAAAAAGCGAAGAAAUGUAAUACAGAAAAAUAUAUUUGCCAUUGCGAAGAAGAGAAAUGUUCUUCUAGUUCAUCAAAGAAAAGUUCUUCAAAAAUGUUAGGUUCAUCUAAAACAGACGACUCUGGAAGAAGGAGACCAAUAAAAUAUGAUAACGCGAAACUAGAUAUCUCACAACAAAAAUCACCAAUAUUAUACCAUGAAAAUCCUUAUAAAUUGCUUCUUCCUAAUCUAAUAGAUUAUUUCUCAAUUCAACCUUAUUCAGAAAAAAUAAACAACAUCCCUCACGUACCAAUUCUAUAUGAAAUAACGCCAUACAUGGUUGAAAAUGAAAAAAAUAUCGAUGUUGGAAUCCCGUUUACUUCAUUUGAGGACAGACAAAAUUAUUUAAAUAAGCCAAAUCAUUUAGUUGGAAAUAAUCAAUAUCAACCGAUUAUUCAUAAAAAACCGUGCAUUUGUUCACCUAUAGACGAUCAAGUUGAAAGUUCCAUAUCAAUUACUUCACCUUCGACAAAUUAUGUUGAUGAAACAACUGCAAUUAAGGAAACAACAAAUGAUCUUGAAUCAAACAAUCCGAUUAAUACCACCGAAAAAAAUCAAGAACAUUUUCCUAAACUAAGUACAGAAGUUCCAAAUAUAGAAGCACCAGCUGAUUCAGAAACAAAAACUAAUUUACACUUGAAUUAUUCGAAUGAUGUAACGGAAGAAAGUAACACUAUAGGUUCUUCUAAUUUAAAUAAAGUUAUGCACAAAUCAGAAGAUUUUACAGAACAAACUGAAAAAAAUUCAGAUAAUCUCUCUAAGUUAACGACACAUUCGGCAGAUUAUCUUGAUAUAAGUAGCACACCAUCCGUUAUCUAUGAUAAAACAAAUGAUGGAAAAUUUAUAAAUAUAGAAGAAUGCAUACAACUAUUUGGUCGUGAUGUGUGUGUUCUCAGUGCGACGUCACCAAGAAUGUUUGCUAAACAGGCGCAAAAAAAUAAUCCCAACAAAUAUUCUAUGAUAAGAAUUCCGGAAUAUGUCACACAAAUGUCCACUAGAAAAGAAACAACGUUAAAUACCAACUCGGAUAAAUUUAAAGCGACUGAUCCGUACUUUGCAAUGGAGUCACCUACUAACAAAAUCAAUAAAUCAAAUGUUAAUUUAAAUAAACAUCUUGAAUCAACAAGUAUAAAAUCAACUGAUAUCGAUAAAGCUUCUAGUAAAUUUAAUCAAUAUCCAGAAUCUGUCGAACAAAUUUCUGAGCCAGAUAUCAACUAUGAUGAAAAUAAAUCAUUUAGUUCUGUAAAAAAUGCACAUAAUCCAAUCAAGAAAUUGAUAAAUCCUAUAAAUGAUGAAAUCGCAAAGACAAAAAAAAAUAAAUUGUUAGGAAAGAGUAAAAGUCAUACAACUAAAUUAUUGCUAAAUCCAAAUGAUAAGGAAAUACCAAAUUCAACUUCAAGCCAAAAAUUUCUUUAUUCUACUCCUUUAUAUAAAUCUAGUAAUGACGAAGACGCAAACAAUUGGAAGAUUAAUCAACAAAAUCAAGUACCAACUAUAAAUUUCAAUUCAAAUAUUUCUGAUAAAGAAAAAACAACAGUUACUAGUUAUGAUCCUAAAAUCGAUUCUGAAAAACAAAAUAGAAACCACUUAAAAGAAACAAAUACAAAUAUCUAUUCUGAAAAGAAAAUUCCUCAAAAACAUUUCAAAGAAGAGACUACAACUAGUUCUAAUUUCAAAACGAGCAAUAAUUUUACAGAGGAAAAAAAUACAGAAAUAAUAGGAAUAAAUGUCAGUACCCAGCCGGGAGAUAUUUUUCAAGAAGAAUCUACAACAAUGCAAUAUUUUGAUGAUAAAAAAUCGAGUAAUUUAAACAAUAAAGAAAGUACCACCAAUAAUCUCAAAACAUUCAUCGAUUCAUCAGCAAAUAGAUUACCAUUUUGUGAUAAUACCUUGCUUUUAAAUUCGAUCAGAAAGGUCAUCAAUGACUUUACAUUAGAUACUCGAGUAUCGAAAACAAAAGAUUUGAACGAAAAUAUUCUUCAAACGCAAGGUAAAAAUUUACUGCCAGAAAUUUUGCAAGUUCCGAAUCUGAAGAAUAUCUUGUCGGUACCGCAGAUAGAGAACACGAUAGUAGAAAAGGUGAAAGACGUUUUGUCUUACGUCACAGCUAUUCCCAGAAAAGAUUUCACAAACGAUUGGUCACAUGGUAUAAUUAAAAACACUCUACGCAGCAUAUUGGACGGAUUUUCUGGUUUUCAUCACAAACUUCCACCUAAUAUACUCGAGGAACAUCAAUUCAAAAACGGACAAUGGGGAACCAAUUUAGUGACUUUAGCACCCAUUUCAGACCAAAAGUCAAGAGCGAGAUCGGAAAACUUGCGUGAGAGCAUCAAAGAUCUUUUAAGCUCUCCGGCAAUCGCAUCGCAGACAAAUCAGGAGAUCGUGCGGAACAUAAUUGUGCAAAGCGUGAAAAAUAGUUUAAUUAAUGAUAAAGAUGAUAAAAUAGACGAUACGAUAAUUUAUGCACUAAAUGACAUUAUCCAAAUGUUUAAAAAUUCAGAAGAUACUAAUACGUUAGAAAAAAGCAACGAAGUUAUUAGUGAUAAAAAAAAUAUGGACGUGGCUUAUAUGCAAGAAAUGCCAACAAGUAAUUACGAAAUAGAAAUAAAUGUUGAUAAUUCAACAUUGAAUAGCAAACAGAAUCUUGAUGUAAAAAAAGAUAUAAAACUGGACGAUAAGAAAAUACAGACCACAGACUAUCAAAAAGCUAAGACAUUAGAAAAUGACGCAAACAUAUUAACUACUUCUGAAUUUCCAUACUUAUUAAAAUUAUAUGAAGAAAAAGAAGAAGAAACAACAAAUAAAUCUAACGUAAAAGAAGAUAUUAAAGAUCAAAUUUUAAAUAAAAUAAAAAAGAUAGAUGAACAAAAUGACGCAGAAAAGAAAGUAGCUGAAUCACUGAAACCCAAAAUAACUUAUCACAAAGCUAUUUUACAAAAUAAUCCUAACGUAUUAAUAACUUCUGAACCAAAUUCAACAGGAGCUGAACAAUACAUAAAAAAUCAUCAAAUCGAUAAGGAAAAAGUUAAAGAAACAACAACAAUCACAAAUUUUAUGCAAGAAACUUCGUCUGAUUACGGACAAAUAUCGGAUGAUAAAAUUUUAGAAAGUACAUUAGGAACUAAAGAUAUUGAAGGGGAAGUAAAACAUAUAUUUAAUGAAAAUAUAUUGACUACUACAACUGAUAAGAUUGAUCCAUUAAUAAUAUUAGAAAGAAUUAAAUUUAACUUGCCACCAACAAAAUAUUAUUCGCCGGAGAUUUUAAAAUAUGCAACAAAUCGUAUUGAUGAUGAAAAUGUUGAAAUUACGACAGCAGCCGCAAACUUUAUACAAGAAACUUCAUCCAAUUAUGCACAAGAUGGCAUAAUUUUACAAAAUAUAGCAGAAACUAAAGAUAGAAAUGAAAUGGAAACAAAGAAUCCACUAACUGCUACAUCUGGUAAUUUAAUUUCAUCCACAAAUGUAGAAUAUAAAGAUUAUAAACCCAAAAUUAUUUUGCUAACGGAUAAAAAUAUUUCAAACACGCAGAAUUUCACAGAAGAUAACAUUAUUAAAAUCCACGAAGUUACUACGGAGAUUGAACGAACCUACGCAAAAACCACGUAUUUCAAGGCAGGAUCUUCUAAUAAUGAUAACUCAAGAAUUAGUUCACCUUCAUUAACUUAUGAAACUAUGAAUAUACAUAUAAAUAAUGAUAAUGCAAACAAUAAUAGCAAUAGCGAUAAUGAUAAUAACAAUCUAAUUGGCAACAAGAUGAAUAUUAAUACUGAUAAUAUUAUAAAAACGAAAGAAGUAGCUGUUUCUUCUUCCAAACCGUCUGCCAUUGAUGAUAAUUAUCCAUCUGAACUAUUUCCUUCAUCAGUUGUUUCCGACGAUAUCUCAGAACUUCAAAGAUCGCAACUUUAUUACAUCAGUGACGGCGUGAAAUUACCGCUGGAGAUAAAAAGACUGGAAGAUGGAUCUUAUGCGUUAUCAAUCUCCAAAAAUAUAUGCGAGCAAAUUUUAUCAAGAAAAUGUCCCUGCUGCGUGCCGCUGCAAGGAUAUAUAGUUCGAUCAUUAAAUGAUGACCAACAAGAAAAUAUACAUGCGACAACUUCAACAAUUAUAGAAAAGAAAGAAAAUAUGUAUGUAAAUAACUUUGAAAAAGAUUAUCAACCGAUUCAACCAUCUAGCAAUAGCAUAACGAUUACGAGGAGAAACACCUUGAAGACACAAAAUUCUAAGGAAGAAGAAGAACAAGAAAAAAAAGAAAGGAUAAAUGCAUGUCAUUUAUGGAAACAAAAUAACAAUAAUUUAGCAACAAUUCCAAUGCCCGUCGUCGAUUUCGCAAAAAAAUACAAUCUAUUACUCGAUUUCACUGAAGAAGGAUUAUUGAAUAGAGCCGGAUUACAAAACAAAACACAAAAUUAUAAUAAAUCAGUAAUGAAAUCAGAGGAAGGAUUUGAACAUCAAUCAGAACAAAAGAAUAUUAAUAAUUAUCAUGAUAUCGAGAAAAAUAGAUUAUUGGAUGAAAAUAACGACGCAAUUAAUAAAUUUCAAUUUGAAGUACAAAAAGCAAAUGCACAAAUGAAUCAAUCGGAAAGAAAUCAAGAAUUAAAACGUGAAAUUAAAACUGCAAACGAUGUUCAAAAUAUAAAUAUUGUACAGGAGGUAAAUUCUGAAAAUAACGAGAAGAAUUCUCUUCUUAAAGAAAUUAAUAUUUCGGAAGAUUCCAAAAUAAGCAAAGAAAAAAUAAAAUUGAAUAAAUUAUUGGAUAUUGAAAAAGGAAACACUGUUUUCCACAGAAAUGAAAAUAGGGAUCAGCAUGAAGCAGCGGAAUUAAUUGACGACUACAACGUUCCAGAAGUGAAAAAUUUUAAAGAAAAUAUUGGAAAGCCGUAUAGAUAUCAACGAAAUACGAAUGGCGUUGCAAAUAAAAGAACAGAAAUAGUAAAAUCUAUGCUUUAUUGGCUUAAAGGUCUUUUCGUGGACAAAUAAAUAAUAAAGAAUGGUUCUCCCUCUAAUGUAUAUGUAUAUAACAUUUUAAUAAUAUUUUAAAAUAUCCUUACUCGUAAUUCUUAUAAAUCGUAUAAAUGUUAAUUACAUCUUUUAAUUGCUAUUGUGUAUUUUAAUAAUUUACGGUAAUUAA